GGCAGAGGCUCGCUGGAUUCGACAGUGAUAACAUAUUCUGUAAUAAUGGCCGACCCGACCCUACAAACAUUCUGCUGUUAUCACACAAACCGAACAGAUAGAACGAUAGUGCUAAUGCAGGAAUUCAAUACAGACGCGUAUAAUACAGUAUGCAUGUUCUCAUCGACGAUGGGUAUGAUAGGCGCGAUUUAUCAGAUACUACCCCGAGCGGAUUCAAAUAGUUCUUAUCGUUUGAGGAGCUUCUUCAGAGGACGAGAUAUUAUCGUAUGGCUUGCAGUGGCCGAUCUCUUAGCGUCCUUAGGUGUGUUUGUGAGAUCAGUGCUAUGGAGAAAUUUCAAAUUCAUUAUACCAAUGGAAGGAGAUAAGUCGAACGUGGUGUUUUGCACUGUAUUGUCGGCAUGGAUUCAAUACUUCUACAUGGCCACGUGGAUAUGGACGUUGUGUUACGCAGUGGACAUGAAGUUACUGCUGGGAGAUAAAAACGGACGUCCUGUGUGCUAUCAUACUUUGGCUUGGGUGCUUCCUGCCAUUCUCACCUCGUUCGGACUGAUCAUUCUAUACAUUCCCGAUGCAAACUGCCACAACUUGACGUCGUUAUUCAAUGUGAUAUUGCGUAUCCUUCCGAACUACUUCGCCACGUAUGUGCUACUGGCAGUGGUCAUGAUCGUGAAUCCUAUUCUGUAUAUCGCAUCAACUCGCGAUCUUGAAACGGUGGUUCUGCACAGUAUGGCUCAAGUGACUGGCAGAGAACGAAAAUUGAUACAAACGAUUAAACUAAAAUUCGCUCUCAUAAAUGUGGUCUACUACGUGUGCUGGACGCCCAAUUUAAUCAAUGGAUUAUUAUUGUGGAUCUUAUGGUUUCAGUUGCCGAACAAGGUGAUCAUCACUUUAUGGUACAUAAUGGCUGUGACAAAUCCUCUUCAAGCAUUUUUUAACGCGAUCGUUUAUCAAUCAUGGACUAGAAGGGAGAAAUUACGUUUUGAAUGUUGCCAAAAUUUUAAAUCGAGCACUAAUAUAAAUUUAAAUGCGAUCCCAAAAAUAGACAGCGACAUGUAUGUUUCUGAAUCAUCUCCAUUACUAAAUCCACGAAUGGGAUACGAACAGAAAAUACCGCAUAUCAGUAUAAAUCACGGAUCUUCAUCUCUGUGAGAAUCUAUUUUACUGCCAGUUUAUCAAAAGUAUAAAUAACAGCUAUAUCAUAGAGAUUUAACCUAUUUAAGAAAUUUUAGUAA